UCCUUUAUGUUGCCUCCUUUGUACCAUAUAUUUGACAUCUGGAGGAGUUUUAGUCUUUGCCCCUGCACUGUGUGAGGGGGUUUGUUUAGGUGGGGGGCUGCUGUGUUCCUCUGGCCUGGGGAGUAAAUGGUGAGUCUCUCUCUCUCAUGUCCGCUGUGUCUCUGCUGUCCCUGCUUCCCUCAGACCGACUGAAGAUGAGUAAUGUGGAGGAAGAGGAGGACGGCUGUCCGUCCAUGAAGGGGGACGGGUCCACAGAAAGGCCUCCAGACUGCAGUGAUGAACCCUCAGACACAAAGCGGAGAGCAGGGUCUCCAGCAUCCAGCUGUCUGUCUAUGAAGAGUGACUGGUCCAAACAGUCUCCUCCAAACUUCAGUCAUGAACCUGGACCCUCAGACACAAAAGAGAGGAAGAGGAGUCCUGUUCCUGUGGAGGAGCAGCCGUCCUGCUGUGCUUCGUGUCAGGACGUCCUGAAGGAUCCAGUCUCUACCAGCUGUGGACACUGGUUCUGCAGACGGUGCAUCACCUCAUACUGGGACCAGUCUGCUUCAUCGGGACACUCCUCCUGUCCCCAGUGUGGAGACAGAUCCAGAACCAGAGCUGGACUGCAGACAGCCAGUCAGAGCAGCUCUGUACAAA